ACUUGUCAAUUUUGACAGCUGUAAUCAAGUAUUUUGUUCUAAAAUACUGAUUUAUUUCACGUACUGGAGAAUUUGGGCCCUUUUAUUCAGCCAAAGCUAUAUUAAAUAGCAAAAAUGAAUAGAACAAUUCUGUCUAGGGCUCUCCUGCUUCGUAAUUUCAGGAAAAUCGCUGACACGGCCCAGCAAUCUAAAAGAAAUUCUGGGCAUGGGACCUGGAGCUACCGAGUGCCUCCUCCCCCGCCAUCGAAGAAGUCUAUCUACCUAGCCGAGGCCAUGGGUGGCCUGUGCUGGUUCUGGAUCCUAUGGCACAUUGCUACUGAGCCUGAACAUGUUUAUGGAGAGUUCCCCUAUGUUGACCCUUCAACUUGGACUGAUGAAGAACUGGGCAUCCCUCCCGACUCCGAAGGCUCCCUGUGCCCAAAGUAAUCAUUUAUAAAAGAUAAUUAGAAAAUAUUUCAUAGGUUUCAGUUAAUUAUUAAAAAUUGUACAGUGUAAA